ACAAACAAGUGAGAGCCCAAACCGAGUGACAAUCGGCACAAUUCAUACAAAUUCAAAAGGAAAGUACAACAAAAGCGGCCGAUAUUGCAUUGAAAUAUGAUAGAAUGAGAUCGUAUAUGAGAUGGACAAUCAAAAGCAAAACGAUUUAUCUCAUCACAAGCAAUUGGAAUACUGUACAAAUCGAUUGAAAUACCGUGAUGGACGGAAGCUAACAGCGGUUAAGGUGUACACCAUUGUAAAUGAAUCGAGGCAUUUGAUAGUGUUUGGUGUGCCGCGAAUCAAUCUACACCAAGAGGUCAAACAGCUGUUUGGAAGAUAUGGUGAAGUAGCUGAAGUUCGUGUUAAAACAGAUGAGCUCAAGUCUAACAGUACCGUUGAAAUAGAACAAUUCACCGACUGUUACUAUGUGAAAUUUCAAAAGGUGCAUCAAGCACGGAUGGCCAAAUCAAGAGUCGAUCGCAAGAACUUUUAUGGUGGUAUUCUGCAUGUGUCUUACGCGCCCGAGUAUGAAACCGUUGCCGAUCUACGAGAAAAGCUAAAGGGUAGAAAACGAGAUGUACAAUAUCGUUUGAGGCUCAACAAAAAGACAGAAUCUAGUGAUAAGAGACGUAUUUCUGAUGGCUGCGACUACGAGCCGAGUGCGAAACUGAGAAAGACUUGAAUCCGAAGUCAAUAGCAAAACAAAACAAAACACAAAAAUGUGCACCGUUUUAUCGAACGGACCAUUGUUACGAAAUCAUAGGCUAAGCUCCGUUUUAAUUAUUAGUCCAAAUAAGAAGGCAAUAAAAUAAAGGUAAAACGAAUCGA